UUAUAUGACAAUCACUCUCUUAAUCAUUUAACUUAUGCCUAAACCCUCAUUUAAGAUCCAAAAAUAAACACAACCAAAAUGGUAAUUACUAGAGCACAAUGUAAGUGCUCUAUACUCCUCCACGUCUCAAUUUUUAUGAUCUUGAUAUUUUCCGGGGAGACGAUAGGAGCACGUAGUCACGUGAACCACCAUAGGAGCCGCCGAGAAAGAGAUAAGGUCACCGGGCUACCGGGUCUACCGGUAGGCAAGGUGAACUUCAAUCAAUAUUCAGGCUACGUAACGGUGGACACAAGGACAAGUAGGUCCCUUUUUUAUUGGCUAAUUGAGUCACCACCACCAUUAAGUAGUACUAAACCCAAUUUGAAACCACUUGUAUUGUGGCUUAAUGGUGGGCCUGGUUGCUCAUCUGUGGCUUAUGGGGCUUCAGAAGAGGUGGGCCCAUUUAGGGUCCAGCCUGAUGGGAAGACACUUGCUUUGAGCCCAUAUGCUUGGAACAAAGAGGCCAAUUUGCUAUUCCUUGACUCACCAGCGGGAGUUGGAUUCUCUUAUUCAAAUUCUUCAAUUGAUCUACAACAAAUUGGUGAUAAGAGAACAGCUCGAGAUACUUACGCAUUCUUAACAAGAUGGUUCAAAAGGUUUCCCGAGUAUAAACACAGACCAUUCUACAUCGCUGGAGAAAGUUAUGCAGGCCAUUACAUUCCCGAAAUCUCUUUAAUCUUAACGCGCCUAAACAAAGGAGUAAAGAAUCCCAUCAUCAACUUCAAAGGCUUCUUGUUAGGGAAUCCAGUGAUCGAUAAUUACCUAGACAAUAAAGGAUCAUUUGAGUAUUGGUUCAAUCAUGGGUUGAUCUCAGAUGGAACAUACAAGAAAUUGAAUGAAUUCUGCUUAGAUGACUCAAUACUUUUCCCAAUGGGUGAAUGUAAUGGCGCACUUUUCAAGGCAUACUUGGAGUUUGGAGAUAUCAAUCCCUAUGAUAUUUAUGGCCCUGUUUGCUCUGAUCUCGACAACAUCCACCAUAACUUCAACAAUUUCCCUCUUCCAUACAAAUACAAGGGGAAUGAUGAUGAUUGUGUAGUCGCAUACACAACAAAGUAUAUGAACAGACCAGAUGUACAAAAAGCUCUUCAUGCUAACAUCACUGGUUCUAUUCCUCUUCCUUGGGCAGCUUGCAGUGAAAUUGUUCGAGGCAGUUGGACCGACUCUCCGAAAUCUAUGCUUCCUAUCUUCAAGGAACUCAUAGCUGCUGGUGUUCAGAUUUGGGUAUUCAGUGGGGAUACAGACGCGAUUUUACCACUAACUUCAACAAGAUACUCCAUCAAUGCCCUUAAUCUCAGUACAAUUACAGAAUGGUAUUCCUGGUAUGACAGUGAAAAGGUUGGUGGAUGGAGCCAAGUAUAUGAUGGACUAACCUAUGUAACAGUCAGGGGUGCAGGACAUGAGGUUCCGCUGACUCGCCCUCGACUUGCAUUGCUUCUUUUUCAACAAUUCUUAAGGAAUCAACCCAUGCCCCAGAUAACACUUACAGAUUAAACUUCAUUGCACCACAAAAUUUGCAA